AUGCCAUCUUACUUUCAUCAUGUUGAAGAAGGAGAGAUGCUGAGAUUGGCCAACUCUCCGAGCUUUGCAUCUCGGCCGAGGUUGCCCACCAAAACUUCUAAUUUGCCUCCUCCUGUGCAGCAGAUGUUCACGGUUGCUCAUCAAAAGAUUAGUAUCGAUGUGGAUCUAGCGUCUAAUUCAAUUGAAGGAAUAACGGAACUAACUAUUGUACCACUUACCAGUAAACUAAAGGUUGUUAAGUUGGAUUGUCGUGAAAUGCAAAUCAAUGCCAUUUACAUAAAUGGAAUACGUCACCAUAAUUAUAUUCAUGACGAUUUCCUAUACUUGAACAAGAGCAAUAAUAGUGAAGGAGUAGCGCCGGGUAUGGAUGGUAUCUUUGAUAUGUAUACAGAUAAGAUCAGUAUCCACCAGACAUACCUCAUUAAACAAAAGUUGGGGUACAUGUUCCAUGAAAAUUACCAGCAUACUGAAGAAGGGGUUGAUUUGUGGUCAGAAAUACUGGGAAGUACACAAGAGCUCAAGAUUUUGUUGCCCGAAAAUAUGAAGUUUGAAUUGACGGAUCGCAGUGCAUUGAAUACGCCUCGAGGCAGUCAUGCGAAUACAAUGACGCCGUCUCAUCUAAAGUCUAAAACAACUGCGGGUGAGAUUUAUUCUCCGAUAACUAUCAAAAUUGAAUAUGAGGUAAAGAAUCCACAAAAUGGAGUGAGUUUUAUAACCAACGAUGAUAUUGAGAAAACUAAUUGGCAUGCAUAUACUACAAACACAGAAUUCAAUGUUUCAACCUCUUCAUGGGUCCCUUGUGUUGAUAAUUUAUCAAGCCGAAAUACGUGGUCCUUAGAGUUGAGCUUGCCCAGAAGUGUUCGCGACAUAGGCAAUCCUCGAAUCAUUGGCUCGAAGGAAGCUAUUAGAUACACCAAGUCGCAGUUGUACCGAGAAAAAAUUGGGAAACAAAAGGAAAGGACAAAAACUUUGAAAACGAAAAAUAGAAAAGGACAGGAAAGAAACAAGGUUGGAAAUAAAAGAAAGCGAGAUCACGACGACAAGGAGGACGAUGAUGACGAAGAGGCGGAAGAAAAAGAAGAAGAAAAAGAAGAAGAAAAAGAAGAAGAAGAAGAAGAAGAAGAAGAAGAUGAUGAUGAUGAUGAUGAAGUGGACGAUGAUGAUGAGGAGGAGGAAGAAGAACAAGAACAAGAAGAAGAACAAGAGAAUGAUGAAAACACUGAUUUGGUCGUUUGCUCGGGUGAUUCCAGUAAUGUCAAAGAAACUCCCCAUCCUAUCGAUUUAUCCAAAAAGGUUGUGUCGUGGUCUAUCUUCAACUCUGUCGCUGCUGUUCAUAUAGGGUGGGCUGUAGGGUGCUUUGAAUACUUUGUCUUGUCAGCAGGCUUGCAACACGAUGAUAACGAUGAAUCAGAAACCAGUCUCGAUAUUGACGAAGCAGAAGAAAAAGCUAAAAUAUCUACCCCAUUAACAAUCUAUUGUCUCAAAGACGACCUUGAUUUGGCAAAAACAACCUGUGCUAUUGCGCCAAGAGCGCUUGACUACUUUCUGAACGAAUUUGGUUCAUUCCCGUUUAGCUCAUAUAGCAUGGCAUUUGUUCGGUUUUCACCACAGCAAGCCAACUCCUAUGCGGGGCUAUCAAUCUUGUCAUCGUCUCUAUUAUAUCCUCCCGAUUUGAUUGAGCCCAUGUUUGUGACAACUGAUAUUCUCCUUGAGACCAUGGCAGCCCAGUGGUCUGGUGUCAAUAUUGUACCGAAUACUUUUAACGAUAUGUGGUUGACGAUUGGUAUGGCUGGUUUUAUGGCUAUAUCAUAUAUUAAACACCUCAUGGGAAGUAAUGAAUAUCGAUAUAAAAUUAAGAUGAUGACGAAACGCAUAGUCGAGGAAGAUUUCAACAAAAGACCGAUUGGUGUACCGUUUUUGAAGUUUCCGGUAUCGAAUCUUGAUUUUGAAUUUGUUAGGUUGAAAGCGCCCAUCGUUUUUUUCAUCUUGGACAACAGAAUGACCAAAACUGAUAAGUCAUUUGGUAUGUUGCGAGUCAUCCCAAAACUUUUUUUGCAGGCCAUGUCUGGUGAAUUACCAAAUGGCACUUUAAGCUGUGAUCAUUUUCAACAUGUGUGUGAGAAGGUAAACCGAAAUAAAUUGGAUGCUUUUUUUAAGCAAUGGGUCUUUGGUGCUGGAGCACCAAGCUUUGUGAUCACGCAAAGGUUUAACAAGAAAAAGGGGAUGCUUGAAAUGACUAUACGACAAGUGCAACAACACGAUAGGCGGGAGAGAAAAUUGGACAAGGAUACAUAUAUGAAUGAUGCUCUUUUUGAGUUGAAUGAUGAGCCCCUUCUGCAACGACAAAAUUUGUUUACUGGUCCGAUGACCAUUAGAGUCCAUGAAUCCGAUGGAACCCCAUAUGAACAUAUCAUUCACAUUAAAGAAGUAAAAACCACAAUUGAUCUUCAGCUAAAUAAAAAAGUGCGGAAAAUUAAGAAGAAAGAUGAUGGUGUCGACCCGGGAAUCCCAUUUAAUCAAUUUGGCGAUGCAGUACCGGAGGAAGCAAAGAAGUUGUUUGCUUUGCAAGAUUGGGAACGGCGCGAUGAGGAGUCACUCGCGACACUGCCUUUUGAAUGGAUUAGAGGUGAUGUUGAUUUUGAGUGGAUCGCCAAUAUUGAAGUUCGUCAACCUGAUUAUAUGUUUGGGUCGCAAUUAAUAUACGAUCGUGAUGUUGAAGCGCAAUAUGAUGCAAUCCAGUACUUUGCGUCAGUAGAGAGACUCAAUACAGUGUACUGUACCGCGUUGGUUAGGACGCUUUUCGACAAGAGGUACUUUUAUGGUGUUCGAAUUGCUGCAGCCCAAGCAUUGGCUUCCCCGGCGUCAAAUCAGCAAACUAAUUAUCUUGGAAUCAAAUACUUAAUUGAAGCUUUUAAAUACUUGCACUGCUUUCCAGGCAGUUCGAUACCGAAAUCGAAUGAUUUCGCAGAUAUCCAAGCAUUUCUUAUACAAACAGCAAUUCCCGAUACUCUCAGUAGAGUCACCGACAGUGAAGGAAAAGUGCCAACAAUUGUGCGUGACCUUUUAUAUGAUUUGGUCAAGUAUAAUGACAAUUCCAUGAAUGAAUUCCAAGAUUCUCAGUACGUGAGCAAGCUAAUAUUUUCUCUCACACGAAGCGCUAUAAGUGGCUGGCGUUCCGAUAUGGUUGAUGAAAAAGAUAAGCAAUUUGCUAACAAGGUAUUUCUGGAGGUUUCAAGGCUUCAAAAACUCGAUGAAUGGCGACCAUCGCACAAUAGGAUUUUACAGGUUGCUUGUUUCAAAGCCAAAAUGAAGAUGGUUCUUGUGGGUGCGCAUUCGUUAUCGAAAGAGGACCUUUUAUUCAUGACUUUGGAUAAGCACCCAAUGGAAAGCAGAGUUCGUGCUUUCAAAGGUCUUUUGCUUAUGGGUGGUUUUGAAUCAAAAGCUUUAUUGAAUUAUUAUUUAAAGGUCACAAUACUUAAUUUCUCUCGUCCAACUUACCGCAGAAAAUUGAUUGAAACAUUGGUUGAAUCACUUGUACUUAUUGCUGUUCAUGGGAAGUUUGUUGCGAAUGAUGUUAAUGAAAAUAUUAAUAAAAGAGUUGGUGACUCCACAAAUAUUGGUGUUGAACAACUGAGUCGUAUCAUCAUUGAUGAGGGCCAAACUUCCAAUAUGAAGGCUAAACACGAUAUGAUUGCUCGAGCAACCAUCAAGGGAUCAGUUGAGUUGAUUAGGAAAGAAUUUUUUCAGAAUAACAGUCUCAAAGCAAUUAUGUGGGAGUUACUUCACACUUCGCUUUUGAGUGCUUAUGAAAAACGUAAUGUGUUUUUAAUUUGCGAAAUCUUGUUUGCUCAAAGGGAUUCCCUCAUAGUCAAGUUACCAAUCCCUAGUUUGCCUGUAAAGGAAUUGAAGAAGAAAGUUGUAGCUCGCGAAGUUGGCGAUGGUAUUGUAACAUUACGCAGAGAAGGACGAUUUAAGAUUCAAUUAUUAUCAAGAAAGUCAGCAUCAAAUUUGCCACCACGUGUAAAGGAAGAGGUUGCCACGCAAAAAACUCCACUAAAAUUAUCCCUUAAAGCUAUAGAUUUGACAAACAGUCACGGAAAGAGUAAGACACCUGUUGUGGUUAAAAAAGAGAAAUCAGCGACGAAUUUGCUGCCGCUGUCGCCAUUGUCAUCAUCACUGCUAUUGAAUAACCAUCAGACCCCGCAUCAACAACAACAUCAACAGAAACAACAGAAAAAGCCAAUGGGACCUCUAUUAGUUUCGCGCAAUAUUCAAGAGCCUGGAAUGGUCAAGUUUACUUUACCCAGUGAAAAAUUACGCCAAAUUAAGGCACAUAAUCGAAGAGCUAUAAAUAGUUCGCUUGUGUCGAUUGACGGUACAAGUGUUAAGAUUCGGUUUGCAAAGAGACAUGUGAGUGUACCCAAAGUGCAUCGUUACAUUAAAAUUGAUACAAAACGAAGAAAGAUUGCGACAUCUGUUGUUCCAUUUGACAGCGAUACUGCGACCAGUGCUGAUACCAGUACUGCUACAAGUGCUGCUACCGAUACAUCUAAUGCCUUUGAUAUUGCUAGCCUGGCUAGUAUUACUAAACUUUCUAAUCUGCCUACUGUUACUAAUGUUGCUGAUACUUCGAAUUCGCUGUCUUUGUCUAGAGAAAUUUCAACGACAAAGAGUCGAGAAUCAAGCAGAAGUCAAAGCCCUAUUAAGCUUUACUCUCGUGACCUGAAUCUGCCAUCAAAACAGAUUCCACGUAUAAAAAUGGAAAAGAAGCGAUCAAGUAGCCCUGAAAAGAGGCUGGAUAAUUCGAAGGAAGGAAAAGGAUACACUUCCAGAGCGAUCACGCCUACGACAGACACGCCAAGUAGCACAAGAUCUCUGCCCUCCCCGGCAAAUUCAAGCUCCGAUGGAAACAAAUCGGCUAAGGAGCUCGAAUCGCGCAAGAAUGAUAUACGUCGAAAGAAUGAAAAACUGACAAUGAUGGGUAAUGGCGGUAAAAAGAAUAGGCCAAAAGUUUACAUUCAUUUUGGUGGCGCUAAAAAAUAG